CCUCGGCCGAGUCCCGACACCGCGGCUCGGCGCCGGGCGCUCACCAUGGGGGGUGCUUCGCGAAGAUUAUCUUCUUGUCCAGCGCCACUGCUCUUGCUGUUGCUGGCUAACAUCGCUCACCUGACCUCUGGGAGGCUGCCCGAGGGCAUGUACGUGGUCAGGUCGGCCCCGUUCCUGUUCAAGAGUGAGGGUUUGCUGACAGAGCCGACUGCGGUUCUUAGGAGCUCCACCAAGGCCACUGAAUGCGAGUGUAUGUCGUCCUGCCUGAUCCGAGACGACUGUCUAAGCUUCAGUUUCGACACCGUCUCGGGCGACUGUAAGCUGCACGCUACCAGAGGAAGUGGCCCAAGGACCUCACACAACUCCAGCGUGAUCUACCGCUUCCGCAGCGGCAUCGCUAACCUAGGAGACUGGUGCACGUCUGACUCCGAGUGUCAAUUCACAAAUGGGGUAGCCUCAUGCAGUCGAGGCACGUGCGUUUGUCCGACUGGAAAACAGCCCAUCAGCUGGACAGAGUGUGGUGACCCACCCACCACCACAACCGUUACCGUGGCGACAACCAGCGAAGCGACCAUACCAACAACUACCGAGGCCACUUCUACCACGGUCGAGACGACCUCGACCACGGUCGAAACGACCUCGACCACGGUCGAAACAACCUCGACCACCGACCUGCCCACAUCGUCUACCGCUGCUCCUUCCUCUACGUCAACUCUGCCUACGACUGUAUCGUCUACCACCAGUACCGCCGCUGCGACUGAAUCGUCUACCAUCAGUAGCACCACUAUCGGCAGCACGACCACCAUUAUCAGCACCACUACCACCGAAGACCCGUGCAGCGGAGCCACCCAGAUCGAAGGCGUUGAGGGAACUAUUCUAUCCCCCAACUACCCCGACGAUUACGGAAACGAUGUGGACAUCAUCUGGAUGAUUAUGGCGGAGCCGGGACAGACCAUCCGAAUCAACAUAAACGAUUUCUCGCUGGAGGAAGACGAUCAGAACUGCACCCGAUACGAUUUUCUCGAGUUCAGAGACGGCGAUUCUGUCGACGCACCGUCCCUCGGCGGAAAGUUUUGCGGCUCCAACUACCCGAAGCGGGUGGGGCCGAGCACCAGCAACGUAAUGACCGUGGUGUUUCACACGGACAUUGGUAGAGUGGCUCGCGGCUUCAACCUCACGUGGAAGCUAUGUGGAGCCGGUGACCAGCUAGGUUCGUGCGACGCUUCAACCAACUUCAGCGGCACGCUGCAGUCGGUCAACUACCCAGCCGAGUACCCCAGCGGCCGGGACACCUUCUGGCACUUCGUGGCCACCCACCCGACACGCAGGUUCAGCAUCACCUUCACAGACUUCGAGCUCGAGAGUAGCUACGGCACGUGUAGCUACGACACUCUGAAAAUCUCGGAUCCGAGCGGGAUCGAGGAGGGCCCUUUCUGCGGAGACACGAUGCCAGCUCCCUUUGGGCCCACAGCCGGCUCACAGCUGACAGUCAACCUUUAUACGGAUAGCUCGUCUCAGUUCCGUGGCUUCUCGGCCGAUUGGACCGGCACGUGCAACACAGGCACCUCCAGCUCCUCCACAGAGGAGAUGUAGACGAUGAUGUACCGAGAGGUGGAGAGAAAGACGAAAGAAAUAUGUAGUAGUAGGAGAGCGGAGAAGAGAAGCAAUGGAAGAUAAGAGAUGACGACGAAAGGAAAAGAAUGCAAGUGAGGUGAAAGGAGAAGACGUGAGAACGAGACAAGGUGAAUGUGAGUGAGUGAGCGAGUUGAGUGAAUGGAUGAGAGGAAGAGAGAGAGAGAGAGAGAGAGAGAGAGAGAGAGAGAGAGAGAGAGAGAGAGAGAGAGAGAGAGAGAGAGAGAGAGAGAG